AAGAGCCAAAAGGAGGACCAUCAUUAAAUUACUAACUUUUUAGCACCCAGCAAAAAAAGCGAGUCCAGGAAACAGCCAGAAGAUAUCGGAAAAAUGCCACCGAAAAAGAAAUUGAGCAAAAAGGAAAAGGCCCGCUUGGAGGCGGAACAGGCCGAACUGUUACGCAUUGAAAUGGAAAAGGAAAAACUCAAAAAACUCGAAGAGGCCAGACAGCGUCGCAAAAUCGAACGGGAACAGGCCAAACAUCGCCUCCAAAUGGAAAUCCAAGAAAAUAAACAGAGACGCGCCCAGUUGAAGAACAGCAUGGCAUUCUUCAAUCAUGUCCAUCAAACCAUUGAUGGGAUAAAACGCGUGGCCAAGGACGAAGUUGAUUGGGAAAAAUUUAUGCGUUGCAAUGGCCUACCGAAUGCCAAUAGUCCAAGCGAUUUACGCAAAUAUAUUCAUCAAUGGAAAAUGGAUGUGGAACGGCGUAAUCGAGAAUCACGCAAUUGGUUGCUGAAGACCAACGAAAGAACUUUGUUGACACAGGAUUUCACGGUGCCCGAUUUGACGAAGGCAACACUGCGCAAGCAGCAGGGUAAUUUGGGUGAUGUCUAUGCGCAGCGUGUCAAGGAGAUAUUGGGGAUCCUCCAAGAACUCAAUGAGGCAUUGAAUGACAAAACCAAUGCUCAACAUACGUUGGCGGAUCUUGGAAAGCUGAAAACGGAAAUAAGAAUUUUACUCAAGGAAUAUUUGGAUGAUUUUACCUACAAGACAAUGUCGCAUGUGGAAAGAGAUAUGGAGAUUGAUCGUCCGGGAGUAUCAAAACAUAUUUAUGAUUCGGAGGUAUUCAAAAGUUUCAUUUGGACAUUUUCCAAGGAUGCACAAAUCUCCCUGAGUGCCAAACCGAGGAUAGGGGAACAAAAUCUGCACAAUGAAAUUGAGUUUCCAUUGAUGAAAAUGCUGCUAUCCCUACCACCAUCGGUCAUACUGUAUAGUUCAGCUCUGAGGGGUUUGUGGCUUAACUAUGAUCACCUAAGUGAUUAUUGUCCCAGUUUUAAUUUGAAGAAACCCAGAUCGCCGCAUAUCAACAUGUUGCAUCAAACAAAAAAGGAAUGGCGCAAACGCAAAGAAAUCUUACAAAAUAUGUUGGAUGAGUGCUCCAAGGAAAUACCGUUGCACGAAUUGGAACAAUACGAACAGGAAGCCUCAAAUCAAAAGUCGCGGGAGAAAAAUUUAGAUGUGGACAAAUUGUAUUUGGAAUAUGAAGAUGAGUUGAAUAAGUUGAGGCGAAAAGCCAUAGGACCGGAAAGUUUUGGCCUGCUCGACACGGAUGUUAAUUUGAGAAAAUAUCGCAUCAUUGGCGGUGUUUAUUGUUUGGAUUAUUUGGAAACGCCACAGCAGGAUAAGCAAUUGAAUGCUCGAUCUUUUAUAAGAACAAUUUUAGCUCCAAACAAACUUUGCCAGAAGGUCUACUAUCAGACCUAUAAACCACCACCCCCACCCUUGCCGGGUGUGAGACGAUUGCCAGAGGAAAUCGAAGCUGAAAUGCGUAUGGUUGAAGCAGCUUUGGACAAAUUGGCGUUGGUUACUGUAGACUUACCCGACAGUGUAAUAUGGUUCGAACCCCCCAUAGCCUGUCGUUGGGAGACCCAAAUGGAAACUCUCGAAGCCGAUUUGACAGAGGGACCCAAACCCAUAUCCAACAGCAAUAACACAACCGAGGCCACUCCCAUAUCGACCACAACCAAUGCCAGUCCCCUAAAGAGCCUCUCGCCUCGUUUCCCCCUCUCAAAACUGCGUAAAAAAAGUUCACAAAAAUCUGGUGCCGUCACAAAUUUACCCGUGAGAGAAAUUAACGAUUUCGACAUGUUCGACAUACCCAGUGAUAUUGAUAUUUAUGGACUGGUUAAAGACUUCAUUGUGCCGAGGAUACCACAAGGAUUUUGUGUCCGCUUCGACACGCAACGUCUGAAGCAAUUGCAACAACAGCAACGUAAACAGCGUAAACACAACAAGCGUUGGAAACAGCCACGACGUCUGCUGUAUUUGGCCAAGCCUAAGAAUGUUAUUUUUACACCAAUUCCCCUGGCGUCGCAGCAAUCUCCUACGCGCACAGCCAGCACCAGCUCCAGCUCCCUGGACAAUAAUCUGACAGAUGAAAAAAUGGUUGUGGUUGUUGUCGAAGAAACACCACCAGCAAUAGCAGCAUCAGCCAAUGCCACCACCUCCAUGCCAUUGGAAAUGUUGCUACUGCAAAGAUCUCGCAUUACUGAGGAUUUUCUAGAUUUGGAUGAGCCCCGGGAAUUCUUUCCAAGUGUUCAAUUUGAAAAAGUAUUAAAAAUAAAAUCAUCCCCACCAACAGCCAUUGUUCCCAUGGCAGGAGAAGACGUUGACAAACAGAUUGUGGCAGAAACAUUGGAUUUGAAAAAACAUCGCCCCAGUGACACAUCCUCCAAAGAGGGAAGGACGGGGAAAUCCGUUAGCCGUAAUAGCAGUAAGGGUAGCUUAGCAAGUGACAAAAGUUCACAAAGUAAGCGUAGCAUUAAGACGGCUGGAAGUGAAGGCAUAUCGAGGCGUUCGUCAUCAGAGAGUCAGAGUGGUUCUUCACAGGCGUCAGAGGGGAAAGGUGCGAAGGAGUUAACAACUUAUAUGUUUUCACAGUUGAUAGAGGACUUGGAUCGUUUGUGCGAAUUACAAAUGCCAUUGCAGGGCGAAGCUUUGGAAAAGAUUUCAGCAAAUCUAAUGGGGAAAAACGGAAGCAGCAACAACAACAGCAGUGGAAAUGGCAACAAUAAUGGCACUGGUGGUGGUGAGGCAUCUCCCAAAGCCAUGGAGGGUGGUGAAACACAAUCUUCUCCUAAAACUGUGCCAGGUGGUGCUGCUGCUGCCGAUGCUGCAGGUCUUGUCUACUAUUCGGGCAUUUCUUUUAUACGUGAUUCCGAUGUCAUGCCAGAGGGAGCGUCAGCGGGUGACGGCAACCAAGCGGAUGAGGAGGAGGAGGUUCUAUUAGAUGAUGAAAGUAGUUCGGAUGAUGAAUACGACGAUGAUUACGAUGAAGAGGAUUAUGACGAAUAUCUUUUAUACGACACAAUGAAUACUAAUGGUACUGGGGGCGGAGGCGUGGGUACUGCUGGUCUGAAUGAUCCAACUCUAACAACGGAUGACAAUUUAACAUAUCGCAGCGAUGCAAGCGGCGGCACCAGUGCAGGUGGCAAGGAUGGAGAAUUGCAAGAUUUUUUGAAAAAGCACACAACGCAGAGUAAUAAUGGCAGUCUGGCAGAUGGAAAAAAAUCCAAACUGUCAAAUGCAGCCGCCGCAUUCACCGAGGGCAAAUGGAGUACAAGAGAUGUGCAUGAUACCAAAUUCAAUGAGGAUAAACUUUCCAUACAAUUUCGAACGGGGCGUUUAGGUAUUUUUGGAUUUGCCUUAAAUCGCUACAGCAAUAUGCCCUAUCAGACAUGGGAAAUAAAACCGGAUUUAAAGAACCCCGGAACGAUACUUUUCAGUUUCACAGCAUCACUGGUCAGUCUCGAUAUAACCAUAACCUCAGAGGGUUAUUGUGUCAAUAAUUUUCAAGGUGGCUCAACCACGGCCAUUAAUGAGAUGAUUGGUCGAACAUUGUCAUUGGAGGCGAUUAAGGAGAUUUUGAUUUCUUCAGCUGUCGAUAUAUUCCCCGAUGAGGAUGCUUUCUGCUAUACGGAGGGUUCGUGCGAAAAGAACUACGUCAUGGAAAUGCAUUUGUAUGCGUGUAUGUCAACAUUGGCAUUGUCACACAAUUUCAGUUGGUCACGUUGGAAUCUGUUGGCAGGUAGCCGGACUGCGGUCUUGUUAAUCCGCGAAUUGAUAGAAGGCAAAAAAGUGCCCAACCACUCUACAUUGCUGGUAACACCCUUGAAAACUGCCAUCAUCGAUUGCACUGAAGUUUCGGCUAGUUUCAAUUCUUUGGGUAUCACCGGUAUGGAAUAUUAUGCCGAUCUCUAUCAGCUGGCUCAAGUCCAUGCUCAGCCGUGUAGCCUUGAGAAGCAACGCACCAUGGAUCCAAUGCUAAGGGACAACGUGGCCACCAUAUUAAUGGCCAUACGGCCCUUGAGUUUUUGUUAAAUUUCCGUAGAACGAAACAAAAAAAAACAGAACAAAAGGAAGUGAAGGAACAUAAAAUAAGCUCGUUCCGCACACGUUUGAAAGAAAACUUAAUUGGUAAACUGAAUACAGCGUCAUUAGAGCAGCAAGCACCGGCAGAAGCAGUAGCAGCAACAACAACAGCCAUGAAACCUUUAUUUUUUCGUAAACGAGGAGGAGGAAGAAGAAGACGAUGAAAGGUGGAAAUCGGGUUAAGUGAGCCUUUUGUCAAGUGCAAUUUUCGAAGAGCAAAUGAGACGAAAGCAAUUGUGAAGCAGCGUCAACUUGCAAGGAUGUGCAGAGGUGUAUGCUGAUGAUGAUUUUCUUUAAACACUUAAUACAGGGGCCACUAAA